ACGGAGCCGGAAGGACAGAGCCUGACAGAAGGACGGAGCCGUGCGGUGUCGGGUCUGUGGUGAGCUAGCUCGGUAAAGAUGCUGACCAAUAUCUCUAACGUGCUGAGGGCUUGCGCUCAGAGAAAUGGAGCUGCAGUGGUCAUGUCAGCACGCACAUAUUCUGACUUCACAACCGAGGCUUCUUUUGAAAUAAAGAAAUGUGACCUCCACAAACUGGAUGAGGGUCCCGCCACUCAGGUGGUGAUGACUCGUGAUGAGGGUCUGCAGUACUACCGCGUCAUGCAGACCAUGAGGCGUAUGGAGCUCAAAGCAGAUCAGCUGUACAAGCAGAAGAUCAUCAGAGGAUUUUGCCACUUGUAUGACGGACAGGAGGCCUGUGCGGUUGGUAUUGAAGCAGGAAUUAAUUUGACAGACCACCUGAUCACCGCGUACCGCGCCCACGGCUACACUUACACCAGAGGAGGGACUGUGAAGGAGAUCAUGGCUGAGCUCACCGGCAGAAAAGGAGGUAUUGCAAAGGGCAAAGGAGGCUCUAUGCACAUGUACUGUAAAAACUUCUAUGGAGGAAAUGGGAUUGUCGGAGCUCAGGUUCCCCUAGGUGCGGGUGUGGCUCUGGCCUGCAAGUAUUUGGGCACGGACGAGCUGUGUGUCUGUCUCUAUGGUGACGGUGCUGCCAAUCAGGGUCAGAUUUUUGAAACCUACAACAUGGCAGCACUUUGGAAGCUGCCCGCCAUCUUCAUCUGUGAGAACAACAGGUAUGGCAUGGGCACAUCAGUGGAGCGAGCUGCUGCCAGCACGGAUUAUUACAAGAGAGGAGACUUCAUUCCUGGUCUGCGGGUGGACGGGAUGGAUGUUCUGUGUGUCAGGGAAGCAACCAAGUUUGCAGCGGAUCACUGCCGAGCUGGCAAGGGUCCCAUUCUCAUGGAGCUUCAGACCUACCGCUAUCAUGGACACAGUAUGAGCGAUCCUGGUGUCAGCUACCGUACACGUGAGGAGAUCCAGGAAGUCCGUGGUAAGAGUGACCCCAUCUCCAUGCUGAAGGACCGCAUGCUCAGCAACAACAUGGCCAGCGUGGAGGAGCUCAAGGAUAUCGAUGUGGCAGUGAGGAAGGAAAUUGAAGAUGCUGCCCAGUUUGCCACCACAGAUCCUGAACCCCCUCUGGAGGAUUUGUGCAACCAUAUAUUUUCCAACGAUUCACCCCUGGAGGUGCGCGGAACAAACCCAUGGUCCAAGCUGAAGUCUGUCAGCUAAAGUUUUUUCAUCCCCUCUUUUCAUCACGUCAUCCACCCAGUAAUAAAUCCCCCCGUCCCGCCCCUCACAUAUACGCACACAUCAUACAACGUACCAUAAACUAGUGCCUCAGACCCAGAGCUUGAAUCAUCAGCAAGUAAAUUAAUUUCAAUGCUGUUACAGUUUAACAGCGAGACCAUAUUCACAAAGAGAAUAAAACUUACGAAGAGUGACAAGAACUUUUAAUCUGAUAAUCUUUAAAUGGUUUCAGUGAUCCAAAAGUGCAUUUCUUCAUCAGUGUUGCCACAGUCUCAUGAGUUUCUGUGCCAUAUUUAUUUCUAUUUUUUGUAAAAACUUUUAAUCAACUCACCACACUGUAGAGAUUUCACUACAUGUUUAGUAAUCGAAAUCACCUUCUUGACAUUGCUGGAUUAUUAAAAGUCUUCACCUUAAUGUAAAAAGUACAGUCAACAAAAGUUGUGAAUUGAUAACUGAUUAUUUGUCUUUAUUUUAAGACGGCAGCUCAAGAACAUGUGUAACCUGUUGUAUUUAAAUUAUAUUCGCUUUUCUCAACAUUAAGCACCAAUGUGGCGUUCACGGGAAUCACGUAGACGGUAGAGGGCAAACUGGAUAUCACUUUAACGAAGAGCAGAACCAUAAAUUAGGUGAGGCCGGCAGAGAAUACGGGUAAAGGUAGAAGGCAUUGCCGUUCAAGAUUUAAAUAUCUGAACUUUCGCUGUCCCACAUGACGGGAUUUUCAACUGGAUGUUGCUUCUUCACAAAAGGUGAAAAAGUAUGAUCUGGACAUCAAUUGACAUUAAAAGAAAAAUUACAAAAAAUAAUAAACUUGAAUGAUGUUGCUUAAUAUGUUUUAUUCCAUUUUUUGAAAAAAAUAUGGCAUCAUCAUCACAAAAUAUCAGCAUUCAUGUUUCGUUUCACUUUCAUUUCUGUGUUGUCCAUCUGCCGUCUACCGACUGCCUGAUCGCUUGUGAACACAGCAUAAGUCAUGGUGUUAUAAACAUGGCCCCAAUUAAAUAUAUUAAGUCGGUUCUAAAUUUGCUUGUUUGAUGAUUAUCUCUGGUCACUUUUGAGGUGCUGUAAAUCAAAUGUUCACCCGUCACUGUUCAUCUCAGAGACAGACCUGUAAAAAUGGCUUUGUACUCUUUAUACUGAAGUGUACGUGAUACAUCAGUUUGUCUUUUUUUAAAAAUAUAACCCCUUUUUUAAAAGGCAGCAGGGUAAAGAAUGUUGUUACUUUAAACACUCUCAAUAAUGUCUCCCUUUUCUUUUUCUGUCAAUAUGCUGUAAACAGGAGAGGGUGAGGAAUACCAAGGGAAAGGUGAAAUAUUUAUCUUGCCAAACCAAACACGUGCCUGGCAGAUCUCAUGUUGUUUAGAGGAUGAAUGUGUCAUCUCAUGUUUGUAGCGCACUCCAAGCUGAGCAGCUGAUUCUGUGCGUUUAAAAGUCAGACGGUUGAGGACGUGUUCAGCAAGUGUGUUUACAUUCAUGUGUUAAAUUUGCAGAUGCUCUGGUGCUCAGGUGCCUUGUACGAGUCUCAAGAUGCAAACCUAAACUGCUCAUUUUCAUAUAUUGGGAGAAGUUCUUAUUCGAUUUCUGAUGUACGUGUGUGGAAAUAUUUACACUCAAUGCAGUCAAUUUAAGCUGAAACAUCUAUUGCCUGCAACAGUGACGAAUGGAAACAUGAUGGCUUUUAGUCAGGGUGCAUUCAGCAGCUAAGCUUCACUAUACACCUGAAGUUUCCAAAUCAAAGGGAGAUGGCUGGUUUAGUAGCUUUGUGUGCUACUUGUGUACUUGCAUAUGUCUGUGAUAUUUGGUACAUCGUUGGCUCAAAGACAGGGAUACAUGGACAUUUUGAAUUUCAGUCUGUUUUCUUUCUUCUCAAGUACUGUUGUGAAAAAAUGUCUGCACUGAUACCUCAGGUAGCAAAAUAAAACAACCUGCAUAUCAGCAUAUACUCCUAACAGCAAGCUGCCAUGUUAACCUUCAGUCAAACAGUGUAACAGUGGCUGUAACCCUUUGAAGGGUGCCAGAAGGGAAGGGUCUCCUCCAUGUGAUGUGAAAAGUAUUUAAUCAAAUAACAAGACAGACUAAACUUUAAAAUGUCAGUUCCUGUCUUAACACAACUGAAAAUACCUGCAUUGUGAGUAUUUGUUGUCGUAAACUGUUACAUUGAGGGUCGCAGAUGACGCAGGGAAACGCUCCAUGGAAACAUUGGUUUUAUGUGUGCACCACUGUAAUAAAAAGCUGUAAAAUACUGUA